CGCAGUAGUUACAAGUUGUUACAAGUGUCAGACUCGCAAUUGAAAUUCGAGUGUCGUUCAGGAAAGACAUGGAGAUGAUCUUAAGAUGUUCGAGCAUGAUCUUGAAUAAGUUUAAGCUCUGUUGACUGUUACUGAUUGAUAAGAGAGUGAUCGUUAUCAAGAUUAAAAGACCGGAACUUAACGUCGAAAUUGCUCGUGACAGUAACGUUAAGCGAUGUUAACGAUAUUUCACUUCAUCACAGUUGUCGACAGUGAACCGCUCGAUCCUCGAAUUAGGAUUAAAUUAUCGUAAAAUACGAGAAUAGACUUUAAUUUAGACCAACGAUGGAUGCUCGAGGCAUUGUUCGUAGAAGUUGUUUGUGAACAGCUAAUAAUCCCUGAUAAUCAGUGUAAUGAUCGUCAAAGUGCUGAAUGAUUUAUUUUGGAUGCCGAAAUUUCUCAUCAACAAGAUCCUGAUUUAUUGACACAGGCGAGAGGAAAGUAAAAAUGACGGAGAGCUUGAUAAAUGAAUGGUUGGCAGACUGCGCGGAUGUCUCACUUUCGGAGCUCCAUACUUUCGCUACCACUUUAUUGCAAGACAACGAGAUUGUCAGAGCGCUUUACGUGCUCUUGGAAGAACGUAGUAAAUAUAGCCAGGUACUGGUGGAUACCGUAUGCGAUCAGUUAUACAAUUUCUACCGUUCUCGGGAAACAGAAUUGCAGAGGUUUACCUUGCAGUUUUUGCCAACAUUAGUAUACAUUUAUUUAAAUUCUGCAGCUCACGGUGAUAUUAAGAACUGUCGAUCUGUAGAAACAUUGUUGAUUGGAUUGUACAAUCUCGAAAUAGUGGAUAAAUCUGGGCAGCAGAAAGCAAUUUCUUUUAGAUUACCAUCACUUGCGAUGCUUUCCAUAUUUCACGAGCCUGCAAGUUUAGCACCUGCCUCUUUAACGGAGAAUGCGGUACGCAGAUUCGAGGAAUGUAAUACAAAAUUAGUUAGUUGGGGGCCGCUACAGCAAGUAGAAACACUGAAUGCCCAGAACAGAUUGAAAGUUAUGACCGCUCUUCUCUUUAUCUACAAUCAACAGCUUGGUUACAUAAGUAAAUUCGCUUUGGAACAAUUAUGCAAAGUUGCUACCAAGCUUGUUACUCAAGGAUUUAUGAAACCUGGACAUCAUCAACGAUCUUCAUACGGAAGCGAGUCUAGUUUUGUCCCGAGGCUUUUACCUCGUAUACCCGUGUCCAGUCAAUUUCUCCUUGAAUUCUUGCAUGCUGUAUAUUUUGCUAUGUAUAACGAUUGCUGGUAUUUAGGAAACCAAGCAGUGGAAGAUGUUCAUAAUCGAGCAUGUUACGAAGCAUACCCAGAUGUUAUGCUAGUCACAAACGCUAUACGCAAUUCUGCCAGUUCCGGGCCAUCAGGUCACCUCAGUAGCGAUGGACCAAUUGGCAUUAGCGUCGCGUUAUCACCAAGUGCAACGGCGACGGUAUCUAAAUCGAUGAUCACGAAUGCCUCCUUCCGAACUAAAAAAUUACCAGAUGACAUACCGAUUCAAGUAGUAAAGGAAGAUUCUGGAGGAGAAGGUAAGAGCAAUCUUGUAUCGAUCACAGAAGAAGACGCUGGCGAGCAAAACAGAGUGGGUUCAAUGAGACAAUCGAAGGAUCAAAAGACUGCUUCAAAGAUAACGAAUUUCCCGGUACUUGGGAAGAAGCCACGGGAAAAGGAUGGCAAAGUAACCAAGGCUCCUCAUGUCGGUGCGUCAGAAAAAGAGAAAAAACUUGGGUCUCAGGCAACUUCGAAGGAGAGUAUCAAAGGUAGUUCCUCAAUGUUAAAUAGUGAAUCAACGGAGAUCGAUGGAAAUCGAGACUCUAAUGUUUCUUUGAUCGAGGGGGAACGUCUUGCAUUAAGCAGCGAUAUAGAUAAUACUAAUAUGGAAACUCCUAUUAAUCUAAGAACACAUAAUGAAACAGAACCAUUGACUUCGUCUAUUCAGGUUAGCUCUGUUUAAAUUAUCCGAGAUAAAUCAAGAAAAAUAAUAGUAGUGGGCUAUACUGAACAACUACAUUCUUCUGUUAAAUCGGUUGUGUAUAAUUUAUGCUUUUCCAUUGUUACAAACUUACACAACAUAUUUUAUACAUGUUUUCGUUGGAUCACAAGGGUUUCUAAGAAAUAUUAAUGCAGCAUUUGAAGAAAGUAUAUUGUGAUUAGAAACAGAGGAUUCAUCGUAUUCAGAGUUGUUUUAGAAAUGGCUCAUUACUAUACCGAUCUCUGUAAUUAGUUUAGAAAAUUGAAAACAAAUAACGAGGAAGGGAACAAUAACUAACAAUGUACGUUUUCCUUUGAUGGAUGUAUAUAAAUGUAUAUUAAAGGGUUCUGUUAAUUGUCUUUACGACACGUCUUUUAAUGUAUUAAAUAGAUUUAUGCUUUUCGCAAACCUUUUUACUUAUAAUUUUUCUAUGAUUUUAACAAUUAGGAAGUAUGACCAGACUUCUGUUACAAAAAAAGGAAAAAUGUUAUAAUUUUAAUCGUUACCGAUCUAAUAUUUAAAUAAUUUAAUACAUAAAUACUUUUAAAUCAAAGAAAAUGUACUUAUUUAUAUUUUCCUUUAAAUUAUAUUCAUUAUCAAAUUUAAUGGUAUUAUACUUGUGUCAACAUUUUUCUGCAAAAUGUAAAGCACAACAAAUAAGUAAGAACGAUUACAGAUUAUACAAAAGUCAUCGGAAGUAUUUCGUAUUUUCAUGGAAAAUAUUAUUUAUUAUAUCUUUAAAUUUUGGAUACUCUGUGAACAGAAUAUAACACGACUGACUUGUCUUUUCAGACAGUAUAAAAAAUAUACUUAGAAAAAUCGGAUAAUUUUCCUAACAAUCAUAUUUUCUAUAAUAUACCUCUUUAUGCCUGCCUAUAUGCAUAGAGUUGUCUGUAAGUUAUGUUUAGAUAAAAAUGUGUUUUUGUAUGAAUUUCUACGUGAAGAAAUGUUUUAGCUAACAUCAUGUUUAUCUUGUAACAAAUUCGAAAUAAUUUGUACCAAUGUUUUUCCAUAAUCGUAAGAUUAAUAGAUCUAAGGUCUUUCGAUUCGUAGAUUGUUUAUUUUAUGCAUGAUUGUAAUUGACAUUUAUUUAAAAUAAUUAUACGAAUAUCGUUGAAUUGCAUACAAAGUUAUACUUACGAUCAAAGUUUCUCAUUUAGUAUAACAUCACUCUUAAUCAAAAAUAUGUGGAGCAAAAUACUGGAAAAUAAAUCUUUAUAAUUAGUAGUGGAUUUAUACUUAAAAAUAUGUGCUGAUUACAAAAAUUUGUUUAAAAUAAGUUCCUUUCAAAAAUAUACAUUGAUUGUUUACUGUUUUAUCUAUGACAAUGGAAACAUAUUCAAAGGAAUAUCAAUAAACAAUAAUUUUAAAAGUCAAAGUAAUCAUGUCGAAAGAUAUGAAAUCUUGGAAUUGGUAUUUACUUGAAAAGACUGCAUAUUGCAUCACAUUAUUACUUAUUGUUAGUCCAAUGAAACGUCUACCGUUAAUUUUUUUUAACCAAUCAGAGUGUUCAACAAAAAAAAAGUUAUACGCAUAUUAAUAUUAAAACAAAAAGAACUAUACAAUACAUUCAUACGAACAUGUUUAAUUAUUAUAAUGCUUCUACAACUUUUGAACAAUCAUCUAAUUCAGUCUAUCACAUAACGAAAGAAGGCUGAUUUGUGUCAUACUCUUUAAGAAAGCUUAUGCUACAUAGUUUUGUGAGAUAUCAAUAAAAGAAAUAUUAUUUUUGUGAGAGAGAAUAUAUAUUUUAAUCUUAGCUUCAUUGAAAAGUUGUUCGUAUAACAUACAGAUUUAAAUGUAUUAUGUUGCAAUAGGAGGUUGAAAUUAUUUCUUAUUUCUGUAUAUUUUUAUAAUUAUCAACGGUACACAACGUAUUUUUUAUAUAAAAAAAAAAUAAAACUUUUGUUUUUAUUUCUUUUUUGUUAUUAAUAAAAUAUCGCGCUCGACACGCAUCUUUGUAUUGUUUUUUUUAUAUUUCGAAUAUUAGAAGCAUUCGAUUAGAUAGCCCCUUGGUAAUCGGUAAGACUUUGGAAAAUAUAAACAAACUCUUUCUAAUACAUACAUCUAGUAUACUAUUUAGAGAAAUAACAAAUUUUGAACGAAUUAUUUUUUAUGUCAUUUAGAAAGUUCUGUACGAAUAAUUCACACCAUGAACAAAUUAUCUCCAGACAUACACAAAGUAGAAAACCAAGUUCGUAGAUUAAUUUAUUUUUAAGCAAGUUAGAAGUUAUUUUUCUGUAUCACUGCCACGUAGAGUAAUUUAAUCAAAUGAAUUGUAUCGACGACUUAAGUUUUACAGAUUUAGUUCGAUUGUAUACUACAUUGUAUUAAACACAGUGCGCUCACUGCGCAAUGUGUUUUAUAAAUUAUACGAACAAUGGGGAGAAGUACAGAUUAUGAGUAUUAAAGAAUUGCACAGAGAAAAUCUUUAAAUAGUAUCGCGAAGGUAAUAAGGUAAAUGUUUAUUAAAUUUGUUGAAAUACUUGUACAAAAGGCAAGAGAAAGGGGAAUUGGUAAACAUAUAAUAAGACUUGUAUUAUUUCGUGUACAUUUAGGAGCUGUUCACUAUUUAUUAAACUCCUCGCUGUAUAAAUAUUUAACGAAUUCUCUCGUGCACUUGGACCUUUCGUAUAUAGAUACUUGCAAAACAGAACAUUAUGUAUAUAGUGUAUACCUUCCAGUUUUACGACAAAUACUAAUUACCCUUACGAACUGUGAAAUAAUAACCACGGAAUCUUGUACGUUUGUGCAGAUAGAGUCAUGAUAAUUCGUGUAUAUGCUGUUAUAAAUACUGUACAUUAUUUUAGUUUGUAAUCAUACUGUUAAAGCUUGUUACAUUGUUAAAACUGUCAAUAUGUAUAUAAUAUACAGAACUAUUGCACAGAAGGUAUAAUUGAGUCUAUCAAUAAUUUGUAUCACACGAUUAUUGGUAAAACAGUAUUCUAAAAUUUCUUAACGAAGUUGUAUCAAAAUUAAAGCUACAUUUUAAUCCACUGCACAAAAUGUUCCAUUUUUCCGUAACGACGAAACAACAAUUAACACAUUAACAAUUGUGAAUAUACAAUAUAGUAUAUAUUUUUAUGAAUAUAUUUUUUAAUCGUAAUUACACAUUCUUUAGGAAUGAAAUACAUUCUGAACAAAUAUGUCAAAUUAAAGCUUCGACAAAAAGUUUAAUGCAAAAUUUUUACUUGGAUGUUUGUAAUCGUUAAUGUGUUAAAAGACGAGUAACGGUUUUAUGAUAUUGAAGUGUUUUAAUUAUUUUCUAAUUCUUAACGAAUACACCGAAAUAACUUUUGUAUAAAGGCAGUAAGAAUUUAUAUUUUUGGCGAAUGAUAAAUUUCACGAAUGCAGUAAAUUUUUGUACUUUGAAUUUAAAACAAGUAUACGGCUUAUUUGAAUUUAACUUUAAUACAAGAAAAACCUCACCUAAGUAAGUAAAACUCAUUGUUAUCAUUGAAAAAGUAGAAGAUCUUUAUGAAACAUUUACCCCUAUCAAUAUAUAUAU